AUGCUGUCUAUUGUCAAAAAUAGAUAAACUUUCUAUAUUGUUAGUUGAUUGAAAAUUAAAAUUUAAUAACAUUUGAUAUAAUGUACCGUAACGUGUUGUUUGACAUUUAUAUCUUUUUUAUUCUUGUCGAUAGAGAAAUUAAUCACGAUUUGUUCAAUUUAAGACGGUAUUAAACAGAAGUACACCAAAGAUAUUUGAAACAUACCGAAGAUGAUUCAUUUUAAAAUACCAUUAUUAUCUUUUAUCUUUAUCACUUUUAUAAAAUGUGUGUCUCCUCAAAAUGAUUUUUUUGAUGAAGAACUGAUGUUAAAACCAUUACCAAGCAAUCAUGUCUAUGCAUAUUUUCAAUUUACUACUGUUUGGGAAACAACAAAAGAUGCAACAACAUUUCAACAUUCUCAUUUAUUUCCAAGAGGACUUGGUGAAAUUAUAAGUCGUCACAAUGUAGAUGAAUUACAUCUUACAUUAACUAAAGGAUUGUGGCAUUACCAGAAAUGGGGAUAUCCUUAUCAUGAUGCUGGCCCUGGUGCUGAAAUAACUACGUGGUUCCACAAAGAUGUCAAAAAUGUCGAUGAUGAAUGGAAAGGUUUAACAAAUGCGCUAGCUGGUUUAUUUUGUGCUUCCUUAAAUUUUGUUAAUCCUGCGAAUAGUAUAUCUCCUGAAUAUACAUUCCGUCCUACAGGAGUAGUAGAUCGGUCAGCAGGAGUAGUAGAUAGUGUCAAUUCUAGUCAUUUACGCUAUUCAUCAUUACCAAGAGAAAUAGUCUGUACGGAAAAUUUAACACCAUUUAAAAAACUAUUGCCAUGUGAUUCUAAGAAAGGCUUGGCAACCUUAUUAAACUCCGCAUACAUUCACAACACAAAUUAUCAUUCCAUUGGAAUACAUUUUCGAGUUAUAUGCUCUAACACGAUUUGUACCAAAACAUCGUUAGAAUUACGUCAAUCUGUUUCAUUGAUAUACGACACUGUAACAGAUGUAUCACAGGAUUGGUCAAUCCGAAAAUUUUUUGGAAUGGGUAUUAGAGGAGCGUGCCCUCUUGCUACAUUGAGCAACAUAUACAUUGACAUAUCUAGUAAUAAUACUAAUCAAAUUUAUGAAUUAGUACCGUCACCAAGUGCAAAAAUUGUUAGUCUUCGAGGAGGACAAUUAAAUGAAAUAGCUGUUUAUGACAUUCGAUCGCAUUCUUCAAAAGGAAUAUUUAAUAUUCAAGUUUUAUAUAAUACUACUCACACAGCUGGUUUAAAUUACCCUUCAAUUUUAUAUGCAAAUAGAUACAUCAUUGGAUAUGGACAAGAAAGAGGUAGUUUAGUAACAAAAAUUUACAAUAAUUACUGGCAAACACUCGAUAUAAUUUUAUUAGAAAGUAUUCCAUGGUAUUUGCCAGUAUAUUUACAUUCUGUCACAAUAACUUGUGGAACAAAAAAUAUUAUACCAUUGGCCCAGCGUUAUUUACCAGGCAAAGAACGAAAAAGCCCUUACUACUUAGAAUUAAUUUUACGUUUACCACCGCAGUCAGUAACUAAAUUCUCUAUAGAAAUGGAUUAUUCAUUUCUUAAGUGGCAAGAAUAUCCACCAGAUGCUAAUCAUGGAUUUUACAUGGGUCCUGCUAUAAUCACUGCAUUACUUCCGAUUGCAAGAAAUUAUACUCCAUUACCACUCGAUGGAAGUACUAUAACGUCAAGUUUCAAUGCUUCAAGAGAAGGAUAUCUGGUACAGUUGAGAACUGAAUCUUUAUUAAUUAGUUUGCCUACACCUGAUUUCAGUAUGCCGUACAAUGUUAUUUGUUUAGCCUGUACAGCAGUUGCUCUAGCUUUUGGUCCACUUCAUAACAUUUCAACUAAAAGAUUAGUUUUGAAACGUGUAGAAAUGGAUUGGAAAGAGAAAUUAUUAUCAUUUUUAAUGAAAAAAAUCGUUAAAUCAAAAAAAAAACAAGAAUGAGAAGUGUUUGGUUUUAAGUAUAUAUGCAUUUUUACAAAACAAAAAUUGUUCUUAAUACAUAAACAAAAAAAUAAAGUGCAAACACGAGUAUUUUAUAGUGAGGUAUAUUAACAAGAUCGAUUAUAAAAAAAUAAACGACUUUCAUUUCGA